AUGAUGAAGAUGGAGAUCUACAUGCUCCGAGGACAAUGGCACCACGUACCCUUGCACAUUUCAGCUCAUGAAACUGAGUCGUGGGAUCUAUCUCCACGAGAUGCCCCGACACGCGUCCCAUUCCUACCGCCACUCGGUCUCGACUCGCCAGAAAGCACCGGUGGUACAUUGGAGUCACCAGAUCAUCAAAGUGCCACCGACAUGAUUUUAUGGCAAGUUCCACAAUGUCCAGCUAAUCUUAUGGUGCCGUCUGUCCCAUUACUCGGAUUUAUCUUGGGCAUGGAUAGAGGUUCCGCCAUGACAGUUCCUGGCAGCAUCACUAGUUUGGUAUCACUCGAACCAAUGAUUCCUUCGGAGCUCUCGUCAACAAUGAAUGAUCUAAGAGAAAGUUCAAUAGAAUGCUGCCUCCAUCAAAUAGUCGACAGGCAAGCCCGGAUCUCUCCAAAUUCUGUUGCCGUUGACGCCUGGGAUGGCUCUCUUACAUAUGGCGAGCUUUCCAGACUUUCUUCCAACCUCGCAAAUCACCUAAAAUGCAUAGGUGUCAAACCUCAAGACUUCGUUCUGAUAGUUUUUGAGAAGUGCACAUUGUCCAUCAUUGCUAUUACAGCAAUCCUGAAAGCCGGCGCUAUAUGUGUUCCGCUUGACCCAAGUAACGCCAGUAAACGUCUUUCGACGGUUCUUGAGGACACGCAAGCACAGUUUGCUGUGACAUCCACAACAUACUCCGACAUAUGCGGAACUGCUACCAACGUUCAGACGAUUGCCAUCACUACAGAACUCAUUUCAAAUUUGGAAUCCAGCGAUAGUUUGAGGCAAGAUGCUACUCUCACAACCCCAGAUGAUGCGGCUUUUCUCAUGUACUCUUCUGGGAGUACAGGGCGUCCGAAAGGAAUCAUCCAACAGCAUGGACCAAUGUGCUUCAGUAUUUCUCAUCACAGUCGAGCCAUGGGUAUCACACCUCUCUCCCGAACACUACAGUUUAGUGCAUAUACGUUCGAUACUAGUAUAAGCGAUAUAUUUGGCACUUUCAUGCAAGGUGCUGUGCUAUGUGUAUGUUCUGACUGGGAUCGGCUUAAUGAUCUCGCCAGAAGUAUCAGAGUUCUCGAUGCUAAUUACAUUUGCUUGACACCUACGGUUGCGGAGCAGCUUGAGCCUAAUGAUGUUCCAUCGCUGCGAACUCUAUGUGUCGGCGGUGAGGCACUAUCCGCCAAUCUUGUGGAUCAAUGGGCUGCUAAAGUUGAUUUAAUAAAUGUUUAUGGCAUAACGGAAUGUCUGGUAUGGACAUUCACAACCAAGCCAAUAAAACCUGGCCAAUUUUCGAGAAGUAUUGGCCACCCAACAUGCGGAAGAGCAUGGAUCACUGAUGUUGAUGAUCCUUCUCAACUAGUUAAAAUUGGCGAGAUCGGAGAGCUUCUUAUCGAGGGCCCUAAUCUGGCCCGAGAAUAUUGGAAUGACCCUGUAAAGACCUCCAAAUCCUUCAUAAGUCCACCAUUAUGGCUUAAAGAUCUAUAUCCAAAUGAAAAAUUGGGAAGGGUGUAUCGGUCUGGAGAUCUAGCACGACAAGCCCAUGACGGAACUCUAGAGUUUUUAGGUCGAAGAGAUACGCAAGUGAAGUUGAAUGGACAGCGUGUUGAGCUCGGAGAGAUUGAGUAUCACAUGAAACGAAUAUUGCCAAUAGGUACCCAAGCUGCAGCACAUGUCAUCCAUGAUCUGGUUAGAAAUCGAGCGAUUCUUGUUGCAUCGAUAUGUUUGGGCACACAUUCAUUAGAUGCGGAGAUCAAGAACGACGGUAUUCCAGUGCAGACUGGUCUGUCAUCUGAGAAAACGCAAGCAGCUCAAGAUUACGAAACCAAUUUUGAUGGAGUUGUGAAUAAUUUGCGUCUGGCUUUGUCUGAGUCAUUGCCAUCACUACUUGUUCCAACAACAUUUGUACCAAUACAACAGAUGCCGCUUACUGUUUCCGGAAAACUUGAUCGUCAGAAUCUACAAGAAAUGGUCUCAAAUUAUCUAAAAUUGCAUCCAUUCGCAUCUCAUACUCAUAGCAACAGCAAUCCUGGAAUGGGACCUGCGACAGAAAUCGAGAAGCAACUUUCGAACCUUUGGUCAAGUGUCCUCGGGGUGGAAGUUCGAAAUAUCAGUGCCAACGAUGAGUUUGUCCGGUUAGGUGGUGAUUCUGCUCAGGCCAUGAAGCUCGUUGCUCUGGCUCGCAAGAAGGGAUUAUCUCUGACGGUUGCAAACAUCCUCCAGAAUCAACGACUUUCUGAAAUGGCAAAAGUGACCAGUCCAAUAGCAACUAAUUUGAAAACUACCAUUCCGUCCUAUUCCCUUCUGAGAGCUUCACAUGAGGUGCUUCGGGCAGCGGAAGAAGAAUUUGGAUUGGAACAGACGUCAAUACAAGAUGCGUAUCCUUGUACUCCACUUCAACAGGGAUUGUUUGCUCUAUCACUCCGUCAUCAUGGAGCAUAUGUUGCACAGACUACUAUAGAGCUACCUAGUACAAUAUCGUCUUCCAUGUACAUGAAAGCUUGGGGGCAGGUCUAUCAAAGUAUGGCAAUACUGCGUACUAGACUAAUCGAGACCAGCGAGGGCUUGAUUCAGGUAGUCAUCGACGAGGACCUUACAUGGAACUCUGCGGAAGACUACGAUCAGUACCUGCAUGACGAUAAAUCUUUACCUAUGGGACUGGGAUCUAGACUCAACAGAUUUGCAUUGAUAUACGGCCAGAACGGAGGAUCUGAUAAGCUUGUUUGGAGUGCGCAUCAUGCCACCUAUGAUGGCUGGUCAGCACCACUCGUACUUCAGGAAGUGAACCGGAUUUUGAUGGGCCAAAAUCUCAGCUCCCGAACGAACUUCAACAACUUCAUAAGCUACCUGGUAAGACAAGAUGCAAAAGCGUCAGAAUUAUACUGGAAAAAGGAGUUACUUGAGAUCGAAGCUCCUACUUUCCCCACCCGUGCCGAUGCUUCUCGUGAGCAAGGAAAAAUUCAGAGAACAGAACUGCGUGUAGAAUUAGCACAUCGGGAAACAUUCACAUCGACUACUCUUGUCCGCGCCGCCCUUGCGAUUCUGAUAUCCAAGUACAGCAACACAGAAGACAUCGUGUUUGGGACCGUCCUAUCGGGGCGUGAUGCAGCUAUAGACGGCAUAGAUACAAUGAUCGGCCCAACUUUCUCAACAGUGCCGAUCAGAAUCCAGAUAAACGGCCAGCACAGUAUCGAGGAAUUCCUCGAGCAGAUACAGAAGCAGUCACUAAACAUGAUGCCAUACGAGGGCUUCGGCCUACAAAAUAUAAGCAAGCUUGCGAGAGACACCGAAGUAGCUUGUGGUUUUCAAACUCUUCUCAUCACACAACCACCCGACGAUGCUUUGGAUCUAGGAGAUAUAAAAGUCACCUAUGAUGAGUUUUCCGACGCUGGUACAUAUCCAUUAACGAUAGAUUGCAAGUUCGAGUCUGGUACCGCUAUAUUUCAAGCAUUCUUUGAUUCAUCUGUUCUUGAAUCCGCGUCGGUAGAAUUAUUUCUCUCACAAUUGGACAAUAUUAUUCAGCAAUUCCACAGUGCUCCUCUGAAUGAAGAUAUCAAGAAUCUCGAUUUGAUGGGACCCGCUGAUACAGCUCUCAUUUGGAAUUGGAACUCUCAAUAUCCACCCGCUAUCGAUAAGCGUGUUUGUGAAGUCAUAGGAGAGAAGUGCAUUGCAUACCCUUACAAAGAAGCCGUGUGUGCUUGGGAUGGCAAUUUCACUUACAGAGAGUUAGACAUUCUUUCUUCUUCUCUCGCCGAGAGAUUGACGCAAUUAGGAAUUGGGUCUGAGAUCCUUGUUCCGAUAGCUUUCGAACGAAGUAAGUGGGUUGUGAUCGCAGUUCUGGCAGUCAAUAAAGCUGGCGGUGCAUUUGUGCUUCUGAAUCCGACCCACCCAGUCGACAGACUGCAAAGUAUUGUAUCACAGGCCAACUCACCAGUCAUAUUAAGCUCCAGAGAGUGCCUACAGAUUUCUCAAGAGCUCCUUUCUACCGUGCUAGUCGUCGAUGACUUUUUCAGCAAUCCCACCAAAUUGACGCAAAUCGUUCUUGAAGCAAAGGAAAUGACAGUCAAGAAAAGCUCCAUACAAACCAUAUCGAAACCAUCAGACCUUUUGUAUGUCGUUUUCACAAGUGGGACAAGCGGCACACCAAAAGGCAUUAUGGUCGACAAUCGUGCUUUUUGUACCUACAUCGACUCUUUGGCCAGGAUGACGGAUGCGAAAAGUACUUGGCGUGGCCUAGUAUCUUCGGCUUAUAGCUUCGACUCCAGUCUUGAAGAGAUGUUGAUGCCUUUGAUGCUUGGUGGUACCAUCUGCGUGCCAUCACAGCAUGAGCUUUCUAAUGAUCUGACGGGUGCAAUGAACAGAAUGGGGGUUCACUGGGGAGUGUUUACCCCAUCUCUGGCUAGACUGAUUGACCCUCGAGAGCUCACCACACUAACGGAUCUAUAUAUCGGAGGCGAACAGAUGACGGAUGCCUUAGUACAAUCUUACGGUAGCUGUGUAAAACUCACGAAUACGUACGGUCCAAGUGAGUGUUGUCCUACAGGCUGUGUAUCAUCAACGCCUGAGCUUUAUGGUGGUCAUAUUGGCCGAGGCGUUGCAUGCAGAACUUGGAUCGUCGAUCCAAACAACCAUGAGCGAUUGAUGCCGGUGGGUUGCAUUGGUGAGCUGAUCCUUGAUGGUCCGAAUGUAGGCCGUGGGUAUCUGAAUGACGAGGAUAAGUCUCGUGCAGCUUUCAUCGAAGCGCCAAGCUGGCUUAGAGAAAAAGAACAAACCGAAAGUACGAACAGAACUCCUAUCUACGCACGCCGAAUGUACAAAACCGGCGACCUUGCUCGGUAUUGUUCAAAUGGUACCAUGGAAUAUAUCGGCCGCAAAGACCAACAGAUCAAGUUCUAUGGACAGCGUAUAGAGUUGGGCGAAAUCGAGCAUCAUAUCCAAUCAGUAUUAUCAGAUUCAACGGAAACUAUUGUAGAGGUUGCGACCCGCACUGGAGAAUCAGAUCAACAAAUGUUGGUAGCUUUUAUGGUAUUUCCAGAAACCAAUGAAACGAUCAAAGAUUUAGACAGCGAUCCGCUGCACGCAGAUAUCCGCAUAUUGCAUCUACGCCAAGAACUUCCUCGCAGAAUUCCUCCAUACAUGCUUCCAUCUCUAUAUCUUAGACUUUCAAAAAUACCCCUGACUAGUUCGGAUAAGAUUGAUCGCAGAAAACUCAAACAAUUAGUAUUGGAGUUGACCGAUGCAGAAUUUCUUGCUGCAGCUGGAACAGACACCAAAAAGCGUCCGCCUGAAACCGAAUUUCAAUUAGGGUUGCAAACCCUUUGGGCCGAAGUACUCAAAAUAGACAAAGACCAUAUAGGAUUGGAUGAUGAAUUCUUCCGAAUGGGAGGUGAUUCUAUCAGAGCUAUUAGGCUUGCAACACUUGCACGCCAGAGAGGAUGGAGUCUUACCGUGGCCGACAUUACAAGAUACCACUCAUUGGAAAAUAUGACACAACGCAUCACUAGUCUUGAGAUUGUGACUCGAGCACCAUCGCCUUUCAAAAUGCUCCCUAAGGAGUGUUUUAGAAUUGAUGUGUCGGCAGAAGCAGCACGUUAUUGUGAAGUCGAAAUUUCAGCCAUCGAGGAUAUAUUUCCAUGCUCACAUCUUCAGCGUGGUUUGAUGGCUUUAUCUCUGAAACAUCCCACCUCGUACAUUGCCAAGGAUGUCUUUGAGCUUCCUGAUAAUCUAGAUGUUGAUAGAUUCCUUGAUGCUUGCCGUCACUUGGUACACAAUAACUCCAUUCUUCGCACUCGUAUCGUUCAUAUGCAUUCAGGUUUCUAUCAAGUGGUUCUGAAGAGCGAGUUCGAUUCGAGUGCGAAACUCGUUAUGGAAUCCGAUUCAAUGGACAUUCAACCUAACGAAAUGGGACUUGGAACUAGCCUCUGCAGCCUUAUUGUUUCCCGCGGUUCUCCAGAAGGGAAGAACAAGUUAUUUUGGACUAUACACCAUUCACUCUUCGACGGCUGGUCUAUGGAGCUUUUUUACAGGCAACUAGAGGAUUUGAUGCAAGGCCGACCUUCAAAGCCAACAGUACCCUACAGUCUUUUCAUAAAUCAUGUCACGAAUAUUUCGCAUGAUGCAUGCUCAGAAUUCUGGACAAAGUCACUGGCAGGUCCUGCCCCGGUCCAUUUCCCCAAACUACCUCGAGCAGAUUAUUUACCACAACCCGACAAGAUACUAGACCGUACUCUGGUGAUUCAACAAGAAUGUUCACCUCAUAUAAGUAUUUCCAGUUUCGUCUCCGCUGCCUGGGCUAUUGUCAUCUCUCGUUAUACCGAGUGCAACCACAUGAGCUUUGGCGUCACUUCAUCCGGGCGAAAAAUGAAUCUACCCGGCAUCGAAGCUAUUGCUGGACCAACUUUUGCCACAGUUCCGACACUCAUACGUUUGAAUUCGACCGAAACUAAAGGUAAUCUGUUACGCCGGAUCCACGACCAGUCAGUAGAACAAACAGAGUAUGAACAGUUUGGGCUUGAGAACAUCAGCAAUGUAAGCCCAGAAGCCAAAGAAGCCUGUGGAUUCCAAACUCUGCUAGUCGUACAACCAAUUGAGUCCGAUGAUCGUAGCGAAGAACCUCCUAUUUUGCGCGAUAUCUCACCAAAUCAAAAUAUCAACACGCAUCCGUUAAACCUUGAGGCACAGCUAACUACAACUGGUCUUGUCAUGAAGGCCAGCUUCGAUACGAAUCUUAUAUCACAUUUCAAUGUUUCUCAUCUUUUAUCUCAAUUCUCUCAUGUGAUGCAACAGCUUUGCUCAUCGCAUGAUUGCAUCGUUGGCGAAAUUUCUACCACGAGCCCCGAAGACAUGUCGCAAAUUGCAUCCUGGAACCAAGAUUUACCUCGCUCUGUCGAGGCCUGUCUUCACGAUUUGGUCCUGAUGAAGUGUGCUCAAACGCCUACUGCUCAGGCAUUAUCUUCGUGGGAUGGAAAUUUCACAUAUACUCAGCUCGAUGAAUAUUCUCGCUCGAUCGGAUUAUCUUUGCAGGAAAAUGGUGUCACAUGCGGCGAUAUUGUCCCCCUUUUAUUCGACAAAUCAGCAUUGGCUAUCAUAUCUAUGCUUGCUGUUCUUCGAACCGGAGCCACUUGUGUAUUUUUGGACAUGGUUAAUCAUCCCUUCGCAAGAAUGCAAAAGAUCUGUGAAGAGGUACAGGCUAAGAUUGUUGUUUGUAAUAAAACACACCGUGAUUUAGCUGUAUCACUGGUUUCUCGAGUCUUCUCUGUUGACACUGAAUUUCUCAACGACAAUGCAGAUGACAAAAGCCGGACAUUGACAAGUAAAGUCACUCCACGCGAUGGGGCUUUCAUCAUCUUCACAAGUGGGUCGACCGGUACGCCUAAAGGAAUUGUUCAUGAGCAUCAUUCGCUUAGUGCCAGCUACUUAGCUCUGGGACCUGCACUUAAUAUCGACAGUAGCUCUCGAGUGUUCCAAUUUUCAGCUUUCACAUUUGAUAUGUGUAUUAUCGAAACUCUAGCAACUUUAGUAUCCGGCGGCAGCGUCUGUAUUCCCUCGGAAGAAGAGCGAAUGAACGACGUGGAAGGUUCUUUCUCUCGACUAGGAUGUAAUUGGACAUUUUUAACCCCCUCAUUUGCUCGCACUCUGAAACCAGAAAAGUUCGUGGGCAUUGAGACGUUGUGUCUGGGCUCCGAACCUAUCACCCAAUGUGAUGUUAAUAUCUGGAAACCCCAUGUUAGCGAGUUGAUGACAAUAUCGGGGCCUGCUGAGACAUCGCUCUGUACAGCCGGAAGCUUAUCUGGAAUUCAACGCGUGCCUUAUAUUGGUAAAAUGAUCGGAGGUCUGAGCUGGAUUGCCGAAAUUUCAGAUCAUACCAAGCUUGCUCCAAUGGGUGUUGUUGGCGAACUAUUGGUCGAAGGCCCGGUGCUGGCGAGAGAAUAUCUGAAUCAACCCGAGAGAACAGCUAAUUCAUUCGUUAACUUACCUGACUGGUUAUCGAGCAUAGAACCCAAGCCCUUGCGCCGACUUUACAAGACAGGAGAUUUGGUAAAAUACAAUUCAGAUGGGAGUAUGCAGAUCUUCGGUCGCAGAGAUGGCCAAGUCAAGAUUCGCGGACAGCGUGUCGAGCUUGAAGAGGUAGAAUAUCAGGUCAAUAAAGCCUUACAGUCGAAGAUUGACUCCUCACUUGAGUACAAAUGCGCUGUCGAUGCAUUCAGUCCCGCUGAUGACAGCAAUUUAACUUAUCUCGCCAUCUUCAUUGCCACCAAACUGGAAUCAACGUUUGAGAUCUUCAGAAAAUUAACCAGCUUCAUCAUCGAGCGUCUUCAGGGCCAGUUGCCCUCUUAUAUGGUACCUGGUCUCCUGAUGCCCUUGUCGAUGAUACCCAUGACAGCAACGAAAAAGACAGAUCGAAGAACACUUCGAUCUAUUGCCGGUGCCAUGUCUAAAAGCGACUUGGUUAAAUACAUGAGUACUGAGACUAGAAUACGAGUUCCACCUUCGACCUCGAUGGAGAAAGCUGUUCAACGUUUAUGGUCCAAAGUUCUACGGGUCGAUAUCGAUACUAUCUCAUCCGAGGAUAAAUUCAUCUACCUUGGCGGUGAUUCUAUCAGAGCCAUCUCCUUUGUCUCUAUGGCUCGUGAAGAAGGUCUUCGUGUUACCGUAGCCGAUACUUUCCGUCAUCCCGUGCUUCGUAACCUUUCAAAAGUGAUGGAAGAUACGGCAAGAGUUCAGACAGAUUCACAUCCUUCAGUCGUCGAAUAUCGGGCUGUUCCAAGACUGUUUGACUUGGACACGUUUAACGCCAUAUGCGAAAAUAUCCCUAAGCUUUCUGGCGCUGAAUAUAUUGAUUUACGUCCCUGUACUUCGACUCAGAACUUCAUAUUGACUGCGCAUAGUUUGGGUCAAGAAGUAUUCCAGCCUUACAUGAGCUUCAAAGCUAGUUCAGUAGCAGGUGUUGAUAUUGAUCGCUUAAUCAAAGCCUGGGAGAAAACAGUCGCUAGGCAUUCAAUUUUACGUACAGUGGUUGUGGAAUCUCCUAGCGAUAGCAGAGCAUGGUAUCAGCUGGUUCUCACCAAAUAUCAACCAGAAGUAAUCCGCAUUGGUGAGGGCGAAAGUUCAUGCAAUGAGAUUGCUGAUUUGCUGCAAGAAUCUCGUAGACAUCUUCCUGCGUGUCAGCUUAUCGUCAGAGAGUCUGGAACGGAGAGUCUGAACUGCACCCUUCACCUGAGCCAUGCAUUCAUAGACGGUGGAUGCGUUGAUGCUCUCUUCGAGGACUUUGCAUCCUUCUAUGCGGGUAACUCAUUUGCAUCUGAAGGGCCACAAUACCGUGAUUUUCAACAUUAUUUGCUGAAUAGACCGGUUGAAGAUUCUGUGGAGUUUUGGUCGACCUAUACCGAAGGUCUAGCACCAUGUUUGAUUCCAUUGAAUGGAUCUAGUCAAGAAUUGCAUGAUUUCCGCUCACAAAAAAUCACAUUACCAAGUACAGACACGCUAAGACAGUUAUGCAUCAACCAUGACGUAACCCUCUCAAUCCUGAUCCAAGCCGUCUGGGCCACCACAUUGCACCGGUAUACCGGAACCACCGAUAUUGCAUUCGGAAACAUAGUAUCAAAUCGAGACAUUGAACUCAUUGGCGUAGAGAAAAUCAUCGGGCCCGUUUUCGGCAUUAUUCCCCGACAUCUCAAGAUAGAAGAUGAUGCAUCCACCGCAGAUCUCCUAAAGAUAUGCCAUGAAGAUUUCAUCAGAUGUCUUCCCCACAGCAAUUUUUCGUACCUCGAAUACUUUGAGCGGAAAUUCGGGUGUAGUUAUGAUCAACGAGAUUUCAACACGGUGAUCAAUUAUCGCAAGUUUUUGGGUUCGCAGAAGGGGGUUGGGGGUGCUGUGUCUGAGUUGGUUUUGGAUGAGGUUGAGAGUGUUGAUCCUUAUGCUUUUGAUAUUCUGUUGGGUGUCGAUGAUGAUGAUGAUGGUCAGGAAGUCUCGGCACAGAUCGAUUAUUGGGGAUCGCGUGUUUCGGACGAACAAGUGGGGGAACUGGUUAAUGUUUUUGUAGCUGAGCUUGUUUCUUUGUCCUUGAGGGAGUAG